AGGAAUCUUCAUUUACUAUUCCAGCUGAUGACAAUGGUGAUACUGAGCUCGAUCCUAGAAUACAGGUCAGUGAGUGACAAUAUAUUGAAUAACUUUAAUUGUUCACCUUUGUAACUGCAAAGAUGAGUGUCAACUUCGUAGAUUAUUUCGCCAACGAGCAUUAUGGAUAUGAUAUUUUAUAUCAAAACAUGAAAUUCGGAUUUAUAGCCAGCAAAGAACUCUCGGAGUAUCUUAGGGAGCGGUCAAAUAUUGAAGAGACGAAUUCUAAAUUGUUGACUAAACUAUCUAAACAGGCAAAUAGUAAUUGCGCACAGGGUACGUUUGCACCUUUCUGGACAGUUCUGAAAUGUUCAGCUGAAAAAUUAUCCAAUUUACAUCAGCAUAUGUUCCAGAAAGUUGGUGAACUUGUCAAAGAUGUAGCUCGUUAUGCAGAGGAGUUACACAAAAAGCAUAAAGCUGUUAAGGACUCAGAAUCAAGUACAUUAGAAGUUGUUUUACUAAUACAAAGCACAAAGCAAGCAUUACAGAAAGCUAAGGAUGUGUACACAUCUAAGUCAACAGAGCUCGAGAAACAACGCAAAGAUAAUGCAUCUGCUAAAGAUAUUGAAAAAUCUGAAGUGAAACUGAAAAAACUUCAUGAGGACUAUAGACAACUAGCGGAAAAGUAUAAUCUUGUUAAACAAGAUUUUGAAAAGAAAAUGACUCAAACUUGUAAACAUUUCCAAGAUGUGGAAGAAGCCCAUUUAAAACAAAUGAAACAAUUUGUAAAUGUUUACGCAGACAUAAUCCAGAACAACCAUGACAUGAUGGGACAAGUUCAUAGAGAUUUUAAACAUCAGUGCCUAGAGUUGACCGUUGAUAAGUUGUUAGAACAGUUUCUUGUAGAAAAAUAUAAUGCCAUAGAUAAAGCCAAUCUUGUAGAACUGCCGCCAGCACUUCCUAAACCUGGUUCUGCAAAUAAUUCUAUUUCAGAAGCAGAUCAAAUAUCAACCAUCUCUAAUGGAUCACAUAAACCACAACCGGCUCCUAAAAAUGUUGCUAAAAAGGAUCAACAGUCAUUUGUUACAAAAACAUCCAGAAGAACUACAUCUCUUCUUAAUUUGUUUACACCAAAUUUUCAAAGUAAAGAUGAGCCUAGUGUUAGUGCUGAAGGUGCAGCACCAUGCUCAGCUCCAUCCAGUCCUAGCGGCACUUCUGCUACACCAGCAGCUCAGGAUAAAGAUGAUAAUAUGGGACGAUCAACAUUCCGUGAAUCUAAAUGGUUUCGCAGUAGACGUACAAAAACUAAAAAUAAGAAAUUGAAAAAGAAAAAAGAUGAAAUUUCAGAGAAUUCAAAUGCAGGUGAUAGGUCCGAUUUAGAAGAGAAAGAGGAAGAUGUGCCUACAAAAGAUGAUUUAAUGAAUUCCCCAGAGGUUGAUGAGGAAGGGUUCUGUAUAAGACCUAAAGAUGAAAAAGGUAGUGUGUACUCUUCUUCUGACUCAGAUUCUGAGGAAGAAAGAGAACAGAAGAUUCAUGUUGAGAUUAAACCAAUAAGUAAUGGUAGUGCCCCCAUGUCAGCCAGUGUAGAUGAGUUGAGAGCCACUGUUGAAAAUAUCUCUUUAUACAAAAUUGGUACAACUCGCAGAGGCUCCAAUGCAAACACAAGUAAAGCCAGUAGUGACCUCCUUGAUAUCAAUUUCUUUCAAAGUCCAAACAUCAGCAAUCCAGCUUCACCACAUGGUAAUAAUGCCUCUAACCCAUAUGCACCUUUGCAACCUAAUCAGUCACAUUUAUUAGAAAGUCCUACUCCAGUUUCAACUGCCGAUGUUGGGGAUCUUUUCUCUGAAGUUGGAGACUUGGGGCAAUCUAACUUCAGAACAUCUACUCCUACAAUAACAACUAUUUCGCUCCCACGACCACCUUCACGGCGAUCAGAAGGAGACUUCCGAGCAGCUGGAUCUUCGGGAUCUAGAGGUCCUUCUCCCCUUACAAUAGGUAUGGCAGAUACUAUACCCCUUGCUGUAGCUUUUCAUGAAAUUAUUCACUCCUAUUUUAGAGGAACUGAAGAGAGUAAAUGUCAAGUGAAAAUGUCAGGAGACAUGAUGUUAUCAUUCCCAACUGGUAUAGUAGGUGUGUUAGCUAACAAUCCCAACCCAGCAAAAUUAUGUUUCAGACUGAAAAAUAUACAUAGACUAGACAAUGUGUUACCUAACAAGCAGUUGAUUAGCAUUAACACAAUGAUGUCGACAAGAGAUGCAACUGUUGUUGAUUUCAACAUGCCAGCGUUAACAUCAUUGUUGAAAAGACAAUCUGAAAAGAAUCCAACCGCUCAAUAUUUCAAUGUAGAUAUAUUAAAGUAUCAAAUACGACCGAAAACUGGAGCAGCGUCGUGUCCCUUUCAAUUAGUUUCUUAUUGGAAAUGCGAACAAGAUCACACAGAUCUCAAAGUUGAUUAUAAAUACAAUCUUCAUGCGAUGAGUCCACCAUCUCCACUUCUGAAUGUAUCAAUUUGUGUACCAAUUAAUGCAGGUGUUAAGAAUAUUAUAGCGAUGCCUAAGAGUGUUUGGAACGGAGAUAAUGGUCAAGCAUUAUGGAGAUUUACUGAACUGUCUCAGCACUCCGAAGAUAGAGGGGUAGGGUCAUUAAGAGCUCGGUUUGAACUGAACAAUGGGCCGUCAUCUAAAGGAACUAUUUCAGCGCAGUUUAACUGUGAAGGGGCAACUCUAUCCGGUAUAGAGUUUGAACUAGUUGGUAGUGGAUAUCGCCUGUCUUUAGUGAAACGUCGUUUCGUUUCCGGCAAAUACAUAUGUGAUAGUGAUUUUUACUGAUUGGUCCAAUUCCUUAUGAAUUAAAUUGUAAUGUUUCUUUCUAUGUACAGAAUGCUUAUAUGUAAAGCAACAUUUGAUGUGAAUGUUUGUACCUUAUAGGAUUGUUUCCUGUCCAUUUUAAUUUACCUUUGGAUUGUAAUAAAAAUGUCAAUUGUUUUAAUACUUAGUUACUAGAUUAACAUUUAAUUUGUCAUAUAACUUUGUCUAUAUAAAUUAUUUCUCAAAAUAGAUGUGCCAUUAUACAGUUUAACAUUUACAUAAUGUAUGAAAUUCCAUUUAAAUGGUAUACCAUUGCCAAUUAAAACAUUGCAUGGUUUUACAUAAUUCAUCUUUUAAGAGAGUAUAAAAAUUAUAGCCCAAUACCAAUAAAAGCAAGCUUUAACAUUUUGUGUAAUUAAUUCAUAUGUAUUUUUUUUGUAUCUUGAAUAUAUUGUUUACUGAGGUCAAUGUUUUAGCAGUGAUUGACUUUCAAUUAAUUAAUUUUUAAAAACAAUAAUAAUUAACUUUGCCCUAUAAUAACUGCAAUUUCUUUAAUGUAUAAAGAUAAAUUGUAAUGUAAACAAUCAAUGACUUUGAUGUUUUUGCACAUUUUUUACAUACUUGAAAAACGACAGAAAUAUAAUAUUGUGUAUUACAACUUUUAGAGGCCUAAAAGUAAUAAACGCCAGUUAUGAAACAGAUGCAACCAUAUAAUGUUACUUUCGUAACUAUUUGCACCAAUUAAAUUGGGUUCAAUUAGAUAAAUUGUAUGUAAUUGAAUCUCUAAAAGUGUUAUGUACGUGUCAUAAAUUAUAAAAUCCCACGUCACAAGACAGCAUUUAGAAUUACGACCACCGUAAAAAUGUUUUAGUUAUUUUAAAUUGUUAGGAGGAUUUCUUUGCUAUACAUUGUAGCUAAUAUUAUAAAUUUACUCGCAUGUAAUCUCAUUUUUUAUGAUUUGUUUAAUUUUCUGUUAUGUUAUGUGGAAAUAUGUAAAGAUUUUUUUUCUUAGUGGGUAUUGUUUUAAUGAGAAAAUCAUAACUAGUUCAAAACCUACUCUAGUACAACCGAACCAUUCCAUUGCUUUGUUAUUUAACUUUUAUACUAAGUUAUAUUUAUUUAUAUAAAUUAAUUUCUGAUUGGCAGUUUCUCACAGUCUCUUUUAUCAAAUUGAAUAAAAUCUGCGCUGUAAUUGGACGAUGAAAAAAUGUGUAUUGAAGUAUUUUUGUAUGGUAAAAUUUACGGCAUGUAUUCUAGCGUAUAUGUUAACAAUUUACAUCAUGAUUAUUUGGAAUAAAAAUGUAAUUAAUUAUA